AAGUUGUUGCAGCUUGUGUGUUUCUCUAAGAUCAAGCCCUCUCUCCUGAAGCAGUCGCUUGAUCAUGGGUUCGAUGCUUCUGCGUAAAAAUGGAUAGAAAAUGCCUUCAGCCUUUUACCGGGGACCCAAAAGUUUUCUCAUUGGGGGUUUAUGGCUUAGCUGUAAACAAAAUCCAGGCAGUUAAGUUGGUGACUUUCUUUUUGCAGCUUGAACAACAGCAUUUGAAGCGCUUCCCCCCCUUUCCUGCAAUUUAAUUCCUUGCGGAUCUUGCCAUGGGGUGCGGACUUAGAAAACUAGAAGACCCUGAUGAUAGCAGCCCGGGAAAAAUAUUUUCGACACUGAAGAGACCGCAAGUGGAAACAAAGACAGACUUUGCUUAUGAAUAUGUAUUGCUGGAUUUUACUUUAGAAGCUUCCUCAAAUCCAGAAGUUAUCAAGAUCAACUCAAUUCUGGAUAUAGCACCAAAAGUUGAAGAAUAUUAUAUUAAAGGCUAUAUUGUAGGAGCCGUUCACCCUGUUAUAUUGUCUGUUGGACGAAGAAGACACUUGCCAGCAAGCCAUUUGUAUAGAGUUGUACUGUCCCGUUUAAAAUUAAGCCAGACACAGACAACACCCAAAGGACAAGGCCGACCCAGGCUUGUAAUCGAGGAAUGUCCCUUGACGUAUGAAACUCUAACAAAUGAAGGAGCGAAAGAGUUGAUAGAAAAGAUAAAUGAAGCUGCUAAAAGAGGAAUGAAAUUUGUUGGAUUUGUAACACAGCAUUGUACUCAGUCUAAAGUUUGCAAUGGCACCAGCAGUGAUGGAGAUGUAGAAUCCGAGUCAACCCUAUACAGAAUUCAAGGACACCAGAGACACAAUUCAGAUGAAAACUGUAAAACUUGGAAUGAAGGAACUUUGAGUGGGCAGUCUUCUGAAAGUGGAAUUGAAGAAGAAAUUCAUCAUGAAGGUGGACCAUGGCAAAUGGGAAGAGAAGGAAGUCCUAUUCCCUCUAAAUCAAGAAAGGGAGAAGAUAAUAAAUUAUAUACAAUCUUCAAUGUUUUUGAUGAUGAAUCAACAUGCUGGACCUAUCAGGAAGGCAUUCUAUCAAUGAAAGUCACAAGAAAAGGAUCUGUAAUUAGUACAUUAGAUGCUGACUGGCUAGAGCUGACUACAUUUUAUUAUAAACAAGGAUUGUCCUUAAUUGAUUCUUUUGUAUCCUGGGAAACUUCUAAAGAUCAUUUGUCCAAAUCUUUGGAAGGAUUAUUUAUAUAUGAAGAAGAAGGCUCUGGAGUGCCAGGUUCUAACAGGAAAGGAAAUGAUGCAAUUGUAGUGGAACAAUGGACUGUCAUUGAGGGCUGUGAAAUUAAAACUGAUUACGGUCCCCUACUGCAUACUCUGGCCGAGUUUGGAUGGCUUUUGACGAGUGUACUUCCAACACCCAUAUUAAGACAUGACAGUGAAGGAAAUUUGGCGACAAAGCAGGUUGUGUUUCUUCAAAGGCCUGUUAUGUGGAAUUCGGCUGUUCAAACACCAGAGAAGAAAUCCAUGAGGCAGAUAAGGGAAGAGAAAAGCAGGGUAACUAGCCGGAGCGUUGGGCUGGACACGGCUACUUCUCGCCCUGCAGAAAGCAGACACCCAUCUGAGGAAUGUCAUCUGUCUCCUUCUCAAGACCCUUGGACCAGAGAAGGGAUGCCGGCACCCUACGGCAGCUUCUCAGGGGUCAGCAGCAGUGACAGUGUUCUGAGGGAAUUGGAUGACGGACAAUACGAUCAGGAGGAUGGAGUGACACAGGUCACUUGUAUGUGAGCCAGGAGACACCUGAAUUCAAAGGACCUGUAAAUAAUCACGGAAAUUUAAUUCAAUGCUGAAUUGAGUACGUUACUUCACACGCUCUGAUGUAAUGCUCGGUGUUUCUCCUUUAUGCUGGCUUUGGCUAUGCCUCUAAAUGCAGAAGAACUAUUAUUAGUAAAUUCUUUCAUUAGAGUUGUGUUUAUCCUCCUCCUGUCAACUAAGAAUAUCUGUCAAAGUGAGAUGUCAUUAGUUUAUUAUGAAAUCAUGUCCUUCCAUUUUACAUCUUUGUGUGAAUUAUAGCCUUUGAUAUUUCCUAGUUAGGCUCACCUCAGUCACCUACUGUUCCAGCAUAAAAGUCCUUUGGCAAACUAGUCAUCAUUGCCUCCCCCCCACCCAAUACCCUACAAACAGUUCCUAAAUUAAAGAAUUUCCUAGUAGUUAUUUUACUAUACAUAGAAAUUCACCAGUUUAUCUUUAGUUGCAGCAUAUAUGUACUUUAUAGCAACCCCUACUCAUUCAAAUAUUUCUGUAAAAAAAAGUUCCCUUUGUGUACAUCUUUGCUUCUAAAAGAAUGCCAUAUUAUUAAAUGACUUCAUUUAUCUGAGGUACUGCUUCUCCAGACAUCCAGAAAAUAACCACAGCAGAAUCAUAUUCAGUUAAGCUCAGUACAAAAACAACCCACAGUCUCAAAGUAAAGGGGAAGAAAAUUUAGAGAUGAGUGUAUUUUUUUCUUUAUUAAAAAAUUGAAAUGAUAAGGUAAGCCUUUGUCGUUAGAAUUUAAUGACCUUCUCCUUUUCUUCUCUAUAUCUAAAUCAAGAAAUCUUUGAAACUUAAAUUUUUCAGACUGGAAGUUCAAUUAGAGAGGUAGACCAGUACCCAGAACACUUCAGAGGAAAUACUUUGACUUGCCAGUUCCAACCACUGACUUUUCUUAUAAAUUGGUGCAUUUGCCAUUGUUCAAACUCAACCCUGGAUUGGUAAAGAUUAAACUCGUGAAAAAGAAUUUUCAUCCACUUAUGGUGGGAAAAUGAGACUUGGAAGUUAUAGAAGUUAAGGUAUUACACACAGAACCUUCAAGAGAAUUCCAACCAGCCUUAGCUUUGUGGAUUCCUAAGCCUGUUGUUCAGCUUAUUGACGGUACUGAAUUCUAAAGAAGGCUUAAGUAAUAAAGCAUCAUUCAAUUGACAUCAGAUUUUUGUUUUAUUGGGAAAGUAUAGCCAUUGUAUGGAUAUAUGCGUAUAAAUUUGUAUAUGCAUAUAUUAUAUGUAAUUAUAUGUGAAAUAGUUGCAUAUCAUAUGAUAUUAAGGAACGGCCCACAAUAAAAUUGGGCAUUAUCCAUGAUGAACUUAACAUGAAAUUGAUCCUUUGUCAGUAUCCCACAUUUUCAAGAAAAAAGUCUUCCUGCAUCAUAACCUCCCCAAUGAAGCACUCUUCACAAAGCUUAGUAUGAAAUACUCAAUCUUGCUGCAUAAAGAUAAUAUUACAAACAUUUUAAUUUUUUGAUGAUAAUAAUAUUUACAUAGCAAAAGCACUUUACUAAUGUUAUUUCCUUUUACCUUCAUAAGAACCUGAGAGGUAGGUGCUAUUAUAUUAUCUCUAUUUUACCCCAGAUGGGGAAACUGAGGCAGGCCGUGCUCAAAUGACUUACCCAAGGUAAUAGCAAGUGCCUGAAGUUGGAUUUGAACUCAGGUCUUCCUGACUCAAGAUCCAGUGCUUUACCCACUGAGCUGCCUAGCAUCUCAAUUAAAUAUGCAAGAGCUGAUGAACUUUCCUAGGAACCAUUCUUUUUUAGGGUCUUCAAAAUAUCAUAAAGUUUUGACAUGAUUUUUAAAAGUCAAUUACCAGGUUUUGAUAGUUGUAGCUUUACAACAUCUUUUGAAUCUAUUCCCUUCAUUUUAUUCCCAGGGUAGCCCCCUAGAUCAGGCCCUCAUUACCUCUCACCUGGUCUAUUGCAGUAAUAUCCUGGUUAGUCUCCCUACCUCAAAUAUUGCUCUUCUCCAAUCUAUUUUCCACGUAACUGCCAAGCUGAUAUUCCUAAAGCACAGGUCUGACCAUGUUGCUCCCCUGCUCAAAAAGUCCCAUUGGCUCCCUAUUGCCUCUGUUAAGUCAUUUCAGUUGUGUCCUACUUUUUGUGACCCCAUUUGGGGUUUUCUUGGCAAAGAUACUGGAGUGGUUUGCUAUUUCUUGCUCCAUCUCAUUUUACGGAUGAAGAAACUGAGGCAAGCAGGGUUGAGUGACUCAACCAGGGCCACACAGCUAGUAUGUGUCUAAGGCUGGCUAGCUACUAUGGUAAUAGAGAAGUUCUGGGUUCAAACUCAGAAGAAGAUAGUGAAGUUAAAACAACUACUUCUAUUUCGAAGGAAAAAGCAAAAUAGUCACAAGCCCAAAAAGAGUUUUUGGAAGAGCUUAGAAAAGGAUUUUUAAAAUCAAAUAAGAGAAGUUGAGGGAAAAUUAGGGAAAAAAAUAAGAAUGCAAGUAAAUGAAGAAAAUUGUGAAAAGUCAGCCAAAUGGAAAAACAGAUGCAAAAACUUACAGAAAAAAAUAACUCCUUAAAAAUUAGAAUUGGGCAAGGAGAAGCUAAUGACUUCAUAAGGCACC